AAACGUAAACAGAUAAGGGAAAAAGGAUGAGAGCGUGCACAGUGCCAUCAGCUGCUCAUGCUUCUCUCCGGUUGCGAUGUUCCAUCCCAUUUCCGUUUCCAACGACCAAUCUGAUUCUAAGAAGAAAUAAAGCUUCUUUAGAGUUCAGGCAUGGCGAAAAUUUCGAUUCGCCAGUCUUAUGUAUUUCUCUCGGUUUCAAAAGAUUUUUUUCAAUUGCACUUUCGGAGAAGGAUAAGAGGCAAGAUUUCCAACGUGGGUCUGCAUUUUCUUCCAAUUUCGGUGGAAUUAAAGCUUCGGAUGAUGACUUUAUAGUUGUAAAUUUCUAUCAUUUUGUCUUUAUCAAAAAUCCAGAGGACGAAGUUGCAAAACACCUCUCCUUCAUGCAGGGUCUUGAUAUUCAUGGUCGGGUAUAUUUGAAUGAGCAAGGGAUCAAUGCACAGUAUAGUGGUCCAUCAAGAGAUGCUUUGGCAUAUAUUGAUUGGCUGAAAGAAGAUAAAAGGUUCUCUGAUAUCUUGGUUCAGAUUUCUCCUGCUUUAAAUGGGCAUGCUUUUCCACGGCUGAAACUGCGGUAUAAACCUUCACUAGUACAGUUAGAAGGAGGCAUUUCUCACCUUCCUUUGCUUGAUCCUUCAAUGAGAGCAAUCCCAAUAGCACCAUCUGAGUGGAGGGAAAAACUGCAAAAUAGAAAAAAACAUGGAGCAUCAAAUUCAGAACUUACUAGGAAGUUUAUUUUGUUGGAUGUGAGAAAUGGUUAUGAGUGGGAUAUAGGUCAUUUUCAUGGAGCUCAACGACCUGAUGUGGACUGCUUUAGGACCACUUCAUUUGGGUUAUCUGAGGCUGAGGUCAGUUCUUCAGAUCCUUUAGCCAGUGUUGACAAAGAAACCACAGAUAUAUUGAUGUAUUGUACAGGAGGCAUUCGUUGCGAUGUUUACUCUACAAUGCUUAGACAAAGGGGCUUCCAGAACUUGUACACACUGAAGGGAGGCAUUUCUCAUUAUCUAGAGAAUGAAGGUCCUAUUGAGUGGGUUGGAAAUCUAUUCGUUUUUGAUUCACGUCUUUCACUACCACCUUCUUCCUACAAGCAUGAGGCUGUGGCUGAAUCUGAUGGGUCUGGACUAGUGUCCAAGAAUAUUACCUUUGCAAGAUGCCACCUAUGUGGGUCACACUUGGCUGAACUAAGGCACCGGAACUGUGCAAAUCUAGACUGCAACCUGUUAUUCCUAUGCUGCACAAAUUGUGUGGAAAAGUUACAGGGAUGCUGCUCUUUGGAUUGCUCCAAGGCUUCUCGACUUAGACCUGUUCUGCCUGGACAUCAAAGAUACGAAAAGUGGCAUAUUUAUAGGGAUUCACAGUUGAAGUCAAGUCAACAAUCUUAAUUAAAUAUUUGUCUCUAACAGAUAAUAAGGCUGCAAUCUUCCAACGUCUGUAGUUUAUAUCAUUACCUCCAAUUUAAAUUAGGUUACUCGAUUAAAUUGAGAACAAAAUUAGAAUGAUGGUAAUAAAUUUGGUUUAAUAUUCUGGAGUCCUA